AUAAGCAAACCUAAUAUCAAAAUGGCUUCAACACCGAGUGACAAGUACAGGCCUAUCUUGCAGGAGGAACCAGAAAAGGUUCAAUGGCGACACGGUGGUCCUCCAAGGUACGAUGACGUGAACCGUCUCUUCGAAGAAGGCCGAACCAAGGAAUGGCCAGAAGGGUCACUUGAAGAAACGGUGCAGAAUGCUAUCAAGUCGUGGGAGAUGGAGCUUUCCCAUAAGGUUCGCUUGCAGGACUUCAAAACCAUCAACCAAGAAAAGUUCAAGCUCAUCGUUAAUGGAAGAGAAGGAUUAUCUGGGGAGGAGACACUAAAGCUUGGAAGCUACAAUGCACUGUUGAAGAGUUCUAUGCCGGAGGAGUUUCAAUACUACAAAGCAAAUGAAGAGAGCUUCGAAUCAUCGCACGAAGUUUUUCGAUCUGCUUUUCCUCGCGGAUUUGCGUGGGAAGUGAUUAAGGUUUACUCUGGACCUCCAGUGAUUACUUUCAAGUUCAGGCAUUGGGGUUUCUUUGAGGGUCCUUUCAAGGGACAUGCCCCUACUGGAGAGAUGGUUGAGUUCUAUGGCUUAGGAACUCUCAAGGUUGAUGAAUCUUUGAGAGCCGAGGACGUAGAGAUUUACUACGACCCAGCAGAGCUAUUUUCCGGCCUACUAAAGGGGCCACCUCUCUCAGAAUCAAAAUCAUCGGAGGACAAUGCCCAUAGGCACUAAAUCAAAACAGGCACAUGCAUAUGCAUUUCUGCUUGCACAAAAAAGCCUCACCAGUAUGAGCUGUUGUAUCUCUUCCAUGGUUCCAUGUCUUUUUAAUUUUUCCUUUUUCAUCUAUGUAUAAUCAAGCAUCUAUGUAUUCUCUCUCACUCAACCAUUUCAAAAAAGAAUUAAAAAAGAGCAUGGAUG